AUGGAUGCAACACCUGGUCUAUUCAACUAUAUACAACUCUACUACUGCUCGUCUGUGAGGCCACUGGUCUUUUUGUUUUUGUGCGGAUGGCUCUUGUUUCUGUUUGGAUUUGUCGGCAUUGCAGCAUCAGACUUUUUCUGCCCCAACCUGCAAACGAUCGCUUCAGCACUGCAUCUUUCAGAAAGUCUAACGGGAGUGACGUUCUUGGCAUUGGGUAACGGAAGUCCAGAUCUCUUUUCAACAUUUAGUGCGAUGCAUUCCAAUCUAGGCUCACUGGCACUAGGUGAGCUGAUAGGUGCGGCAUCGUUCAUCAGUGCUAAAUCAGUAUUGCUUAGAACAAUGUGUGCCAUCAAGCCAUUCAGGGCAAAAAGGUUCAGUUUUAUUCGAGAUGUGUCCUUCUUUACAUGCGCCAUUUUGCUCGUAAUGGCUAUUGUGUCUGAUGGCUUGAUUCACUUUUAUGAAGCCAUUAUUUUGAUCCUAUUUUACGUUGUGUAUGUCAUGGUGGUUGUAGGAGGAAACUAUUACAUGAAAAAGAGAUCAAAUUACUUGAAUCUGGUGGAAAGAGCGCGUUUAGAAUACGAAGAAACUGGCACUGAUGUGGACAAUUUACUGCGAGGAAAUGCGUUUAUCAGCGGCAACCAAACAAACGACGAUGAGAUGGAGUUGUAUGACGAAGGCUUUGAAACGGAAGGAUAUCAGGAUUUGGUGCAUCAAAGGAAUGGAGCACACCCAAAGCUAAGAAUCCGUACAUCAUUAUUCUCUGCUAUCGAGUUUCAAGAUGUAGUACGAUCCCUAAAGAGCUCAAGUCCCAUCUACGGCAACAAUAACGACAGCUCAGCACAACGAGAUCAGCCAUUUUCGAGCCAGACGACUCCCUUCGAACGAUAUUCAGAUGAUGUAUCACUGCACACGGCUGAGAGUAGACAUAAUGAACCAUUGCCCACACUGUCUCCUGCUCGUCCAUGGAGCAGACUGCUAUACCAAUUUUUUAAUUCGACAAACACACACUACAUCAAACGUCAAAUCAACAAGCAUCUGUUUCCAUCGUUGGUGGGAUUUCGACAAAAGUCGACGUUUGGUAAAAUGAGUGCCAUUAUCUCCACGCCAGUAAUAUUUCUAUUAGCAACUACGCUGCCUGUUGUCAAUGAGAGCACGCUAGCUGGAGGAGGAGUGUCACAGAUUGAACUGAAUGAUGAUACAGUGGGUCUAGUCAAUACGUUUGUUGGCGAUGACGAUAUUGCAGUCAAUACAGAGCAAGUGUCUUGGGCAAAAUGGCUCACUGCUGUUCAAUUGUUCGGCGCACCACUGCUUGUUUCGUUUGUCAUGAUAGCACAAGACAUUGCACCGGUGUAUGUUGUACUGCCUAUUGGAUCUGCUGUUGGCAUCAUGGUGUCAGUGGCAUUUUGGAUGACCACCUUGCCCUCAAAGCAACCACGCUUAUUCUGGAUGAUGUGCUUUAUUGGUUUUGGUGUAGCUGUUGUAUGGAUAUUUUUAAUUGCCAAUGAAGUAGUCAGUGUCUUGCAAGCAAUUGGUAUGGCUGUGGGUGUGAGCGAAGCUAUCCUCGGGUUGACUGUGUUUGCAUUGGGCAAUAGUCUGGGUGAUUUCGUUGCCAACGUGACCAUGGCCAGAAUGGGCUAUCCAUUGAUGGCGAUGAGCGCUUGCUUUGGAGGCCCCAUGUUGAAUAUUAUGCUGGGCGUGGGCAUUGGAGCCACAUUUGUCACUUCACAGAGAAACGAGCCUUAUAGCAUUGAUGUAUCCAAGACAAUUGUCGUGUCUAGUAUAGGCCUCUUAGUUGUUCUCAUUUCAUCGCUUAUACUGGUGCCCUUGAAUGGAUACAGAAUGUCUCGAAGAUUUGGAUAUAGCUGGAUUGCCAUCUAUUUAGUCUGCACAGCCAUCAAUUUAUAUAUUGAAAUCAGUUCUUGA